AUAAUUUGGAUGUUCCGAUAUCAGUAAGAAAUCCUGCAGAUAAGGUGUCGGUAUAAAGCACCGGCGCGGCUGAUCGGCCGUAGUAUCUACUGAACCAACAUGCGUUGCUUCAUCCUGCUUGCUCUGGUUGGCGCCGCUUGCGCGUCCGCGCCCGCGCGCGUGGUGGGCGGUUCCGCCGUGGACAUCGGCGACUUCCCGUUCAUGGCGUCGCUGCAGAUUCGGCUCUUCAACGAGGUGUUCAUGGCGCGCGGGGGCGCCACUCUGCUCACUGAGAACACGCUGCUCACCGCCGCGCAUCUGCUCAGCGGCCCGGCCGAGAACUUCCGCGUCCGCGUGGGCUCAUCCCGCGCCAACGCCGGCGGCGACUUGGUAGCCGCCGCGUCCUACACCCUGCACCCUGAAGCCGACACUCCUCGCCUCGACAACGACGUGGCCGUGUUGAAGCUGGCCCGCUUUGUGACCUUCGGACCUAACGUCUCUCCUGCUGCUAUACCUGGGUCCGAGUACCCGCUGGCCGAUGGGCUGGAUGUGGCCGUGCUGGGAUGGGGAUCUUUGGGCUACAACGGCGAGUACCCCGAGCAGCUGCAGCUGGGCCGCGUGCGCGUGGUGAACCAGGCGCUGUGCCGCCAGCGCUACCUCGAGCUCAAGCAGCAGCCCAACAACGCCAACUACCCUGAGGUGAGCGACAACAUGGUGUGCCACGGUCUCGUGGACGAGGGCGGCGUGGAGGCGUGCCAGGGCGACGCAGGCGGCCCGCUGGUGUACGCCGACUACGUGGUGGUGGGCGUCAAGAGCUGGAGCGAGGGCUGCGCCUCCGCCGUCUACCCCGGCGUCAGCGCGCGGGUUAGCAAGUACUCGCAGUGGAUCCUGGACACUAACAACAGCCAGUAGGAUGUUGAAGUGUAGCUGCUUGUCAUCAAACGUUAUUUAUGCCGUAAUAUCUAAUAACAACUUAGAUCAAGCACUAUGUGUGUAACAGUUAGUAAAGAAUUUAACUGAAUAAUGUUCUUUGAUUGUUAAAAGUUGUAACCAUGUAAAUAAAACUUUUAUGAGAUUAACAACUACAAAUAAGUGAGUUUUUACUACCAUAUGCUAUUGUAUUAAUAAUAUAAUACACAUGUGAUUGUAAA